UUGAAAAUAGUUAAAGAUUCCUCAUUUAAUCCUCAUCUUUUAUGUUCUUCCUCUUUUUAAGCUCUUCUUCUUGCAGCUUCUCAUAAUACUCUUUCUCCAAAGGAUGCACUAUACCUGGCCCUGCAUCUUCUUCCUCCACGUCCAAGAUAUUAUGCAAAUCUACGGUAUAAAAUCCUUUCCCGGACGAAGUUCUCGAAUAGUACCCCCCAGAAUCCCUUGGUCGCCCCUUGAGACCCCUAAAAUCUCUGCUGCUAAGCUCUUUCUCCUCCCUCUUUCCCCUAAGUCCAUAAGAAUAUUCCUGGCAUGCGAAUAUAAUCCUAUUUAUACGUAGGUAAAGUAUAUUCAUCACGGAGAAUGAAGGCGGUAGCUCCACCUAAAGUUAUUGGGAAAAGGUAGCUGC